UUCAUCUUGUCCAGAGUUUCAGUAACUGACCAGCUCACCAGCCAAACACACUGAGAUCAGAUCCCCCUCUAGAGGAGAGAAGAAGAACAACAGCUGCACUUCACCAUGGGACACCCACAUCGUCCUAAAGAGAUAGUCUUUGGAGGUAAAUCACAACACUUCAGAAUUCCGGCUCUUCUCUACGUUGAUAAAUGGAAAAAAUUCCUGGCGUUUGCAGAGAGGCGCACCUGUUGCAACAAAGAUGAGAGUGCAAAGAACCUGGUGAUGAGAACAGGCACCAGGCAGUCAGAUGGAGAAGUGAAGUGGUCUCCCAUAAAGGACUUGAUGAAAGCAACCAAAGAUAAAUACCGCACCAUGAACCCCUGUCCAGUCUUUGAGACAGACACAAGGACACUGUUUCUCUUCUUCAUCUGUAUUAAAGACAAGAUAAAAGAAGGAGACCUUGAGCCAGGCCAAACCUGCUUGUGCUUUGUUAGCACCACGGACGGCGGUGAGACCUGGAGUAACUUAAAAGAUGUGACAGAUGAUUUAGUGGUUGCUGAUAAAAAGCUUUCAGAGUACAAAACCUUUGCAGUGGGACCAGGACAUGGCCUAGAGGUGAGAACCAGUGAUUUUACGAGGCUACUGAUCCCAGCCUAUGUUAAAAUUAGCAAUGAGGAAAGCCACUCUUUGGUUUUGUACAGUGACAAUGGGGGAGAGUCGUGGCAGGCGGGACAGCAGUUGUCUAAGAAGACUUGUGAAUGUCAGGUGGCGAAGAUUCAAGGUGGCGAGCUGUACUGUAAUGCGCGUAAUGACGGGUGUUACCGGAUAGAGGCGCUUAGUUAUAACACAGAGGCCAGUUUUAUCAUAUUACCGAGUCCGUCUCUGAAGGAAACACCCCAUGGGUGCCAGGGUAGUGUGCUAAGUUUCCCUGACCCUAACUCCUCCAACAUGUGGCUCUUCUUCAGUCACCCGACCGAGGGGCCCAAGAGUUGUUGUGAGAGUAAGUGGACACGGAGGGAUCUGGGCAUCUACCUGAGAAAGUCUCUUCAGGGGCCAUGGAGUAAGCCCUUCAUCAUCCACCCAGGGAUAAGUGGCUACUCUGACCUGGCCCAGUGUGAGGAAGAGCAUCGCUUUGCCUGCCUGCUGGAGUGUGGAAAGUUCUGCCAGCUAAAGAUCGUCUUUAAGGAGUUUACACUCGGCGAGGUUCUAAACCCAGGUCAAGUAGUCAGCGGAAGUUCUUGUAGUCCUUGCUGUAUUUGUGGCAGUUGCUGCCUUCUGUGAAAUAUCUUCACACAAAAAGAAAGUAUCCCAUGAAAUCUUUGAAUAAGUACAGUCAAUCUAUUCAUUGUAUGUAUUUGGAUCAUUUUCUGAAAAAUACUUUUAUGAUAUCUACGCACUGAAAAAAAAAAAAAAACUGCACAUCUAACCAGGUGUUAUUAAUCUGAUGUUAUGAUAAAAAAUAGUUAGUAUUGCUUUUAGUAUAGCCUAAAGAAAAACAAUCACAGGCUAUCGCUAUAUAGCUAAAUGCAUGGGUGCUCUCACUUAGGCUAUUUCUCCCUGUCUGGGAGCUACGGACUGUGUGCUUUGGACUACACCAAAAUACAUUCAACUAUUAAUAUGACAAUGACAAUGUUAACCAAACCUACUGGAUUAAGAGUCAUUGCAUGAGGAAACCAGGCAGAGUUCGGAAGAUGGGGGUUGGCCAAAUCGGCUCAUACUUUGUAUAUGUGAUAAGUAUGUGGAACUAUGAACAGCCAUAUACUUAAAACCCUCCAGCUGUUUUUUGCUAUGAAAUUCUGGGACCCCUCUCAGAGACCCUCAAAUAUCUAACAAUUCAUGGCUGAAAAUGACUGAAAUUGCCAUUUCUCAUGACACAUGAACCCUACUGUAACCCUAACAUAACAAUGACAAGAAAUGAAUGACACAUUAUAUCAUAAACAUAUGACUUGUUUAUGAUGUUCAUGACACAUUCAUGACAGUGUAAUGUCACUCUCAUGUAGAUACCUUCAAGUAAAGUGUAACUUUGGACACACCACUUUUCAUAAAGAUGUU